UUGUAUGACUUCCAAAAUCAUAUUUUCUGAUUUGUACAAAUUUGCUUUAGUGGUUUUUCUUCAAUGAAGUUACAGCAUGGCUACAGUUCAUUUAAAAUUAGCCAUCUUCUUCUUGUGUCGUCUAUAAGAAAAAUUGCACGGUUGACUUAAUAUAUCCUUGUUAUGGUUUUAUGUACAAUCUUUCUCAAUUAUUAUUAUUUGAUUGUGCAAUUGUGAAGUUGUUAUGAUCUGUUUGUGAUUAGUAUGUUCUUUUAUUUACCAAAAUUAUUUUGAAUUCAUAACUAACUUGAUCGUCGGAGUUUUUGCAGGUACUACACCUUUGGUGUGUCAUGCUAUGCUCAUGAGAAUGAUGAAAGAGAAAGGAAAUGCAACAUCUUAAAAGCAUGGUAGGAAGUUUACCUUUGAUUUGAGCUGCUGGCCAUGCUUAACAGUCCGGUCUUCAACCGAGCUGAGUGAAUGAGAUUCAUUUUGGUGGUUGGAGAUGUUGGGUUCAGGGACAAUUUUAGUGACAACUGUUAUUGGAUUUGGCAUGAGUGCCACUUUCAUUGUUUUUGUUUGUACAAGAAUCAUUUGUGGAAGACUUAGAGGUGGUGUUGAAUCUAGGAUGAUGUAUCAGAUUGAAUCAAGAUAUGAUAUAGAACAGCCAGAACAUCAUGUUAAUGACCCUGAUCCUGAACCAGUUCUGCUUGAAGCAAUCCCCACUUUGAAGUUCAAUCAAGAGGCUUUCAGUUCCAUUGAAGAUACACAGUGUGUAAUAUGUUUGGCGGACUACAAAGAAAGAGAAAUAUCGCGAAUCAUGCCGAAAUGCGGCCACACUUUUCAUCUUUGUUGAGAUGCGGUUAGAACUGUUUCGUCUCAUUAACAACACCCAAGAAGCCAUCGAUGCUGAAAGA